CCAGACCGAGACAGAGACAUGUAAACAACAACAAAAGCCAUGUGAGCUUGCCAACCGUCGAGUGUCCAGGAAAAACACUAAAAAACACCAAAAAAACACCGAAAAACGAGUAAGAAAACACGAUACCGAAGAAGAGGAAGAGGAGAGGACGCCGAUAAGUAUGAGGAAGUGUAGAAACAGACGUGGAUAAAGGAGGGAGAUGUUAAAUGUGUAUAAUCGAGCCGUGACGAGAAUAUAAAAAUAAAACAGGAAUUAAUAAGAGAAUAAAGAAGAAAAACAGGAAAAUAAGUGAAUAAAAACAAGAAAUAAGACAAAACACGAGAUAAAUCACAAAAAAAAAAAAAACACCUCAAAACACGAAAUGCAAGCUGAAAAUGUCUUAAAACAACAAUAAAAUAAAAAAAACAGGAAAACAACAGAAUAAAGAUUAAAAAAACGAGAAAAACAAUAAGAAUAAAAAAACAACCAAAAAUGUCUUAAAACAACUUAAAAUGGCUACUUAUCAAAGACUCACCAGCUUACUUAGAACACUUAAACAGCCACUUAAGUACGGAAAUGUUACGUGUAUUGCGAGAAACACUUAUAUUUCACUACCGAGGCUGAGAAAGUGGGCAGUUUUGUGGUGGUGGUGGUGGUCGGUGUUUACAUGUCCAGAAUGUGUUUGGACAGAGAGAAGUUCCUGUUUAUCUACUCGGGAAUGUUAGUCAGGUGACAGCGGAGAGUGACCUGCUGGAAGAUGAGCUGGAGGAGGAGGAGGAGGAGAAGGACAUGGAGGACGACAUACUGGACUUCUUAAAUCCUCGACUGUUGGCAUAUGAAGAGACAGACACCAGCUUUGUCCUGCCCUGCCCAGCCUGCCAUAGGAAGAAUGAAGAAGAAACAAAACAAAAUGAAAUAUUCAUUGACAAGAACUCAGGUUAUUUUGUGUGCCCGUGGUGUUGCCGAGACGGACCCUGGGAGGAGUUGAUGGCCCUGCUAGACACGAGAGAAGACACACUCACCACAAACCAACUCACUGCCUAUUUAGAGAGUGCCUUGCCGAUAGCUGAAGUGACGGACGAUUGCUUGAAGGAGUCGCCUUUCAGGAACACAAACAGAGUGACUUUAGACAAGUUCGGAGCGCGGGUGACCUCUGACCUCUCUCGACUCCUUCUCCCAGUGACCAAUGGCGCGGGUGACACUGUGGGGGUGAAAGUGUCUCUCCUUCACCCACUCCCGCAGAUCAUCCGUCGUUUUGUCUCCGGCCAAACGUGUGUCUUCACCAAUCCAAACACCACCACCACCAAGAGGGCGGUGGUGGUGGUGGUGCCAACGUGCUGUGAUGUGGUGUUGCUGGCUGACUGUGGUGUCCAUGCUGUGUCGCUGCCCUCAGAAGAUGUGUCAGCGUUGGAGCGACACAUUCUGGGGAGCGGUGUUGCAGAGGUGUUGGUGUGGUGCAGGGGGCUGCCUCCCCCCCGCCCCCUCCUCACCACCCUCCUCCACACUGGGGUGGCCUGCAGUGUGGUGAGGUCCGCAGAAAACGACACACCAGUUUAUUUGAAGUCAAGGACGGAGAUUAAAACAGCCUUGAAAAACACCAUACCCGUUUUGUCCACCGCCAUCACCUCCUUCUCCCAGAUCAAGGACAAGGUGUAUUACAGACUCACGCAUAAGGAAGAGACUUGUGGCGUGCAGUGGCGUCGCUUUGGCGGGCUCAAUGACAUCCUACUGGGCCACAGAGCUGGGGAGAUGACUGUGCUGACUGGUCCUACUGGGAGCGGGAAGACCACAUUUAUGGCUGAGUACUCCCUAGAUCUCUGCUGCCAGGGGGUCCGAACACUGUGGGGGAGCUUUGAGGUGAGUGUGGUGAGGCUGUGUGAGGUGUUGCUGCAGCAGUACUCCGGGGCACCACUCCCUCACCAGUACCACCACUUCAACACCAUCGCGUCACAGUUCACCACUCUACCUCUCCACUUCCUCACCUUCCAUGGGCAACACCAGGUGGAGGAGGUGGUCAAGGCUAUGAGGGAGGCGGUGGAGGUGUGGGGGGUCCAGCACACCAUCAUAGACAACCUGCAGUUCAUGCUUGGGACAGGACACUCUGGGACAGCUUCGGACCGCUGGUGGGAGCAAGACAAGGCUGUGGCGAUUUUGCGGAGAUUCGCCACACAGACCGGUUGCCAUGUUACUGUUAUUGCACAUCCUAAGAAGGUGCCGGAGGGUCAGCCGCUGGGGAUGGACAGUGUGUUUGGAAGUGCUAAGGUCACCCAGGAGGCAGACAAUGUUAUGAUACUACAGGUCAAGAACGCGUCCUCUUCUCUCUCCUCUGCCAGAAAGGUGUUGCAGGUGGUCAAGAAUCGGUAUGGAGGUCAGCUGGGUGACCUUCCCCUGCGGUUCCACAAGGACUCUCUGACCUUGUCCUCUUGUUUCAGGCAGAAGGUCAGGUCAAAGAGAGAGAGAGAGGGAGAGGGAGAGGAGAGGAGAGGAAGAGGGAGAGAGAGAGAGGAACAUGUCUCUAAGAAAGUUUAAAAUGAAGGGUUUGUCAAAAUUUGUGUGUGUGUGUGUGUGUGUGUGUGUGUGUGUGUGUGUGUGAAAGAGAGAGAGUAAGUGAGGUGGGGAUGUUUAAAGAUAGACUUGUUAUCUUUCUUUUCUCUCUCUU